AUGAUGUCAAGAUCAAUCUCUAGUAUAAAGUACCUGAGUGCAGAGGAACUGUUUAACUGGAUCAAACAGGGACACUCUAGUCUUCACAAAGACCUAUUUCAAGUUAUUGAUGUUCGUGGUUCUGAUUAUAUAGGUGGUCAUAUUAUAAAUUGUUGGAAUUAUCCAUACAAGAGACUGUCUCAUGAUGAAGAAUACAUGAAUCAAUUAGUGGACCAGCUGGAGAAGAGUAGAGGAGCUAACGAUGUUAUGAACGUAGUGUUCCAUUGUGCCCAAUCCCAACAGAGAGGUCCAUCUGCUGCAAUGAAACUUUUGCGUUGGUUAGACGACGAACAACUACAACAUUAUCAAAUAUCUAUAUUAAGAGGUGGUUUCAACUAUUGGCAAGAUAUAUACGGUUCUGAUUCCACUGUCACUGAGGAUUACAAACCUGAUCUCUGGUCAUGGUGA